AUGUCCGAGACCGAUAAUUUACAUGGAGCAUUUAGUGUGGAGUGUGGAGAAUAUAAGAAAGCAAUGCAAACACGGUCAGUUGGGUACUCUCUAAAAUGGACUAGUGCUGCAUAUUCGUCACAUGUGUUAGGAAUUUUUGGGCAUAGGAUAUGGGGUAUACUUAAAAGGUGA